CACUAACAAUAGAAUCCUCCAGCUCUCGAGACUUCUCUUCUUCAGAACUCUUCCCCUUUCCUCUUUCCACCCUCCACCUUCCCGCCAAUAGCGAGUGUGAAUCCGAAGACUCCGACUCGCCGGAGAAAUAUGGAACCUCACCGUUCCGUCGCAGGAAGACCACAGAGAAAACCCCUCGGAGAUUGCACCAACACCAUCUCCAGAACUCCCCAACAUCCAUCUUCUUCUUCCUCCGUCAAAUUCGCGAAUCCGAGCCUCACGUCUUCUCUCAAGAGAUUAGUAGAUCAAACCUCCCUCAAGGAGAAAGCCCAAGAUGCCAAUAACUCAUCAAAGGUUGUUCCCGGAACCGGAACCGGAACCGUUUCCAAGUCCGUUAGGCCCGUCACUCGCCGUGCGUCCGCCGAUCUGGGAUCUCCGGCGGCCACUACGUCUUCUCCUCCCUCGAAGCCGGAUGAUUUCAGUAAACCAGACGCUCGUGCCGCUUCCCGGUUAAGACCCGUAACUCGCCGUAUGUCCGCGGAUCUAGGUUUCCCGGCCUCCGCGCCGCCUCGGCCUCGCUCCGGUGUUGGUGACAAGGAUUUUACUGAGCCUUACUCGGUUUACACUGUUAGAAGGAAGGCUUCUGGGAGAAAAAGGAGUAAAGACGUGUCUUCCUCUAGUGCAAUGCCUCGCCUUCGUCUUGACUUGUUAACAAGCCCUGGGAAGAGGAAACUUCAAGCAGAUGAAAACAAAACGAAGCCCUCAAAAGUGGCUCCCAAAAAGAGGCAGCGAACAGUAAAGAAGCAUAAAGAAGACAAUGUGGAUCAGGAUUAUAUUGAGCAGCAGAAAGCCUACUUUGCAGAGGUCGAUGCUUUUGAGCUGCAAGAAGAAGAGGUAUCUAGUAGCGACUUAGAUUAAGUAAGGAUAUCAAUGACACACCAAAACCCGUUUUGUUCGUAUCACUGUAUAGCUAAGGCUUCUUCUCACAUGGAAUAUUUCACUGACCCCUUAAUACACAUGACAAGCUAAUCUUUGUGUAUACAAAAGAUCUAUCGGUUUAUAAUAUUUUACAUGGU